UCCCACCGCCGCCGGCAGGCAAGCGCCUCCCGCGGCCACCGCUAGCCGCUCCACCCACCGCCACAGCGCGCCUCCUUUCCUACUACGGCCGCGCCCCAGCAUUUCCACCCCGCUCGCGGCGCCCCGACGAUCUGGAUAAGCGACGGCUAACAUUCACCAUCCCGAAGAUCUGGAUAAGCACCAUGGUGCAAGUAUGUUGGCUUGAGAAGCAUCAGAACUAAAGGUUGAAUAUAAGCAAGUGUGAUUCCAACAACUACGAUAUUCUGUGAGGUCGACCUGGUGUCAUACUACUUAAUUAACUCUUGUGUGCCACCAUACCCCUGGUCGCAGUGCCCAUGACUUCAGUCCUAGCAUGUUGCAUGCCACAGCUUCUGCCACCUCACUAUCUUCAACUUGUUGGAGUACUGGCCAACCUCAUGGAACCACAGCAUGGUUCUUCCAUCCCACCCUUAUCUUCUCAAGGAAACACACAUCAGUAUUCUUCAUAUGGUGGUGGAUACCAGAGUGGUAGUACAACAAAAAAGAUUGAUAUCCCAAAUGGAAGUCGCGAGGAAGAGUAGGAAGAUCAGGCAGAGAGGGUUUCACACACCUCUUCUACACUGACAACUCUUUGCUUUCCAGGAUUGCCAUGGGAGCUUUGGAUGGUGGUCUUGAUCUUCCGCACAGUGACAAGAGAUUUGCUGGCUUCAAGAAGGAUAAGCAGCUGGGCGCUGAGAUUCACCUCAAAUACAUCUAUGAAGGUCAUGUUGCUGACUACAUGAAGCUUACUGGAUCUCGUUUUAACUUCUGCCCUACCCUAUUUCAGUCAAUAGCUGAUGAGGAACCUAAGAAGUACCAAUCUCACUUCAGGUUACAGAUGCCAGUGCCACAAGGCUUGCCUAACAAAGGUUCCCAGAAAAGGAAUGGUUUGACAAAAAAAGGCUUUGCUCUCCAGGUGCAGAACACUUUCCCACUCCCCAUCGAUGACGAUCUUCCUUAUGUUCCUUUUGACAAAUCAACAGAAGUGUACAAAAUUCAUUUAAAUGGGUUCGCAAGGGCCCUCCGCAAGGAUAUUGAUUCAUCAGGUGUAGAUGUUUAGUUGGACAGAUAUUGUUCGUCAGUUUCUUAGUGCGUGCCUAGCUGUUUCCCCUUUUUACAUUGCUUCUUUUCUGUAGGAUUUCUUGAAACAUACUCCCUCCGUUCCAAAAUAGAUGACCCAACUUUGAACUAACUUUGUACUAAAGUUAGUACAAAGUUGAGUCAUCUAUUUUGGAAUGGAGGGAGUAAUAACUUGCUUCCACAAUUGUAGAAUGAUCAUGGUUUCUUUGCAUUCCUGUACUUUCAUACGAUUAACAAUUUCAUGGCUAUCCUAGGUAACAAACAGACAUCAUUGGCAUUAGCCAAUGCAUUUGCGUUAAAUGCCCUGCUGGCCGAGUGCAACUUCAUUCUUCUUUAGUGGGUAUUUGUAUUUUCCAAAAAGAAGUUGGUGCACCUCAUAGUUGUUUUGUAGCCUGACUAUUAUGCCUAGAUUUUGCUCUAUGAUACAGAACUAAGUAGUUAACUAUGUCAGUUGGCUAUCUGUGUUGCUUCAUAGUUAUGGAAAAACAGGGUAGAGCUCUAAUGACUACUCUCCUCAAUCAAUCUACAAGAGCCAAGAUUAUCUUUUAAGUAGAUUCCAUAUCUUUGAACAACAGAUUCUGAUUCUUUUACAGAGAUGUUUUAAUGCAUUUUUUAUCAGUUGCGCUACUACAUUUUACUAAUGAUUUGAGCUGCCUUAUUCCCACAUAGCGACUAUCUAAAUUAUUAACAUCGAGGACGAGGCGUCGACCCGUUGGCUGGGCAGCUGGGGUAGCUGCCAGCCCACCCGAGUUCGAGCCCCGGCUUUGACGCGUGGUGCUCGCGGAGUUUCUCCUAUAAAAAAAUGCCAACGAGGGUUAGCCCUUGGGUUGGUCUUAUUUAAAAAAAAAUUUAUUGACAUCCACUCAAAUAAAUAUACAAGAGUUGUAUGAAAGGGAACCACUCAUCUUUUUAACAAGAAAUAUGUUUAGCGUCAUAACAAUGUUCAGGACGCACAUGCAUGCCAGAACACUGAGGGGUGGUCUUACAAAUGACAACUACUUUCAUGUUAGUAAUUUCUUCUGUUUGACAUAUUCCACGACCCUUCUUGCUAGCUCCAGUCAUUCAAUUUAUCAUUAUAUCCACCAUAUUUUUAUGCUCGGCAUUCCUAAUUUGCCGGUCACAAGAAACUGUAGUAUAAUGUCAGGUCGCACAUUCUUUUUGUUUCAUGGUUCAGUACAGGUCUCAUGGUGAGCAGCAGCUCUAGGUUGCAGUAUAAUGUCAACUGAUUGCAACAUCCUGAGUUAUUUUAUCGAUGUUUUUUAUCUGGAAACUUGAAUCUCUUUCAACUUUCAGUACACAUAUAUUCUGAUCUGUGCAUAAGGAAACUCACAAGUUUGUGUCCAUCUUUUUGGUUGUAAUCAUAUGGCUUGCAUAUUUUAUCGGACUGAUGAGUCACAAAGAUAGGACUGAUCAUAUUUGGUACAGAAGAUCAAAAGAAGCAUUUAUAUCAUCUUUUUGUGUGCUUUAUCUGUAGAAAAGUACCAUGGGUUGAUGGUGUUGGAUCCAAUUACUAUUUGAUGUAAUUGACUGCUAUUCCUAAGAACUGCUCCUGGACACAGUGCUCUAUGUUAUCAUGUCUUGCAUUCUGUUGUGUCGCCUAUCUUUAUAGUUACUCGGAUCUUACAUUUCGAUUUUUGUAUUUUUGUCGGUGCAAGUGUUGUCUUCCUACUAUCAAACAACAGGGAUUUCUUUAAAUUAAAUUGUACAUGUUGUCGAAAAUUAUCCUGUGUAUGUCUAUAUUCAUGCCUACUAUAAAACAAACAUUCUUCAUUGCCUAUGCCUUUUCCUUCUGUUAAUGAUGAUAAUGCAGCUCUCCAUCUUAUUAAUUCCUUCUUCAUUCACUUGAAAUAUUGCCUAAUUUUUUUCUGUGUGUAUUUGGUUUAGAACCCUGACUUAUGGUCAAACUGAAGGUGCUUAGCAUGGUCUAGUAUGCAUUUCUCAGUUUCUCUUGAUUUCUGUUUUUGUUUCAUUUCAUUUUAAGCCGAUUGUAUUUGCAUACAUAUUGGAGAGGUUAUUUCUCGUGUGAAGUUACUAUUUUUUUCCAGUUCUGAAGCACCUUCCUCAACUUUUGAUGGUCUACUUUACAAGAGAAAAUAUUUCUCUGUUUGUAUG